UACAUUUUCAUUGGAAGAAAGCGGGGGAAGUGCUUGUUUACGUGAGAGAGAAUGGCCAGUUCAGGAUUGUUCUUGAGACAGGUGAGUGCGAGGGAGGCUUGGAAAUCGACGUCGAACAGAUGGAGUGGAAAAAAUAAGUGUGGCAGAGGCACUGGGAGGAUGAGCCUGGAGCCGAGUCUGAAUCAAGUGUGUGGAAACGAGGGCAAUAACACGACGGCGAGAAAGAGAGUGAUGGUGGUGGUCGAUCACUCGUCGCAUUCCAGGCAUGCACUCAUUUGGGCACUCACCCAUGUUGUUCAUAAGGCUGAUUUGCUCACUCUACUUCACGUAGUCCCUCCACAUUCGCCUUCUCAAUCUUCUUAUUCCACCUAUCUCCUCAACUAUCCUCGGUCCCUCUGUAAAGAUUGCAGACCUGAGGUGGAAGCGGAGGCACUCGUAAUUGAAGGACCAAAACUGAGCAAAGUGAUGGACCAGGUGAAGAAGCUGGAGGUCUCGGUCUUGGUUCUGGGCCAAAAGAAGCCAUCUCUUCUGUUCGACUGCCUAUGUGGAAACAGCAGCGCAGAGGAGUUUGUGGAACAACGUGGGCGAGGAAGCGAAGCCAAGGCACUAAUGGGUACCUUAUCGGCACAAAGUGGCAGAAGAACUUCUGGCUUCUAGCUUAGAUUUGCUGACUUAGUUACCACUUACUACAUCACAUCACCAAGCAUGCAU